AUGUCUAACGUUCAAGCUGUUACAAGUCUCGAAGACCGCAAGAAGGCGAGAGAUAACAUUCCCAAGGCUCCGCCUGCGUAUCUUCCCACGGCUGGGUCACCUCUGGCCGUUGACAAAGAGGCCUAUGCGGCCAUGCAGAAAGCUCCUAGGGUUCUUAUUGAAGAAUUCACUCUUCCUAUUCGGUCAGGUCGAGCAUGGGAAGCACCAGCCGGGUCAAUUGUGAAAAUCAGCACUCCGGAUGGGCCACAAGUUGGGGAUUUGAACAUCUGGAAUCGCCAUAACCCCCGCGAACGCUUCUGGGCAAGCCGCACCAAGCAGCUUCACGCCUCGCAUGUCAGCACCUUCGACCGCCUCUGGUCCGUUCUUCCAUACAUGCGACCCCUGGCUACCAUUAUCCACGACAGUCUGGAUUGGUACGGUGUCGACCCACACGGUGGAAGAGUGCAUGAUCUGCUCGGAACGAGAUGUGACCCUUACAUCAACACUGUUCUCGCCGGAGAGCAAUACGACUUCCAUUGCCACUCAAACCUGACUCGAGCUGUUAAACGUUUCGGCCUCAACGAGUCUGAUGUCCAUGACGUGAUUAACAUUUUCCAAGUCACUGGCCUCGACGAGCAGGGUCGUUACUUUAUGAAUCCUAGCCCCGCCCAAGCUGGUGACAAUAUUGAGUUUCUGGCCGAGCAGGAUCUCUUGAUGGCUUUGAGUACUUGCCCGGGUGGCGACCUCUCGGCUUGGGGAUUCGGCGCCGACAACGAAAAGGAAAUGAUCAAAUGCUGCCGCCCGCUAAAGGUACAGGUUUACCAGCUCGAGGACAAGGAGCUCCUUCAAAAGUAUGGCUGGAAACCGGCCGAAGUGUCCAAGUAUAGCGGGCUGCAUGGAGUUGCGUCUCCUGAAGGCGAGAAGUUGGGCUAG